GGUCCUGGAGUCUGAGCAGGUUGAAGCCGGUCUCUCUGCGAACAUGUGAAGGAGGAACAUUGGGGACGUGUGACCUCACUGUCCUUAAUGUUGGGGGGCCUGGCUGUGUGGGUGUCAGGCCCGACUGCUGCCACAGCUUGUGUACGCUGGGCAGGGACAUGGGUUGUCCCCCGAGGGGGGUUUCCCUGUGUUUCCAGUGGGCCGCCAGCAGCAGGCAGCAGAGCGCAGCCUCGGUUAGGCCUUCACACAGCAUCUGCUGUUGGCUUCUGUCAGAAGGGAUCCCCAGAGAGGCGUGCAGGCCUUGGAAGUGCAGAGUCAGUGAACACAGUCCUAGGUUACGGUGCUGCUACUGCGAGACUUAGUCCAACGUGGGUUAGUCACGCCUGGCCACCUCCCUGGGCAUGUCCCCCGAGCCCACCAAGGGCCCAAGGACAUGUCAUCUGGGAGACCCCUGGCUUGGUGGUCUGGGGCAGCUCUGUGGGUGGUGGUAGGAGGCACCACAUGGUGGGGCCUGGCAUUCUGAACUGCUCCCCCUGGACUGCAGGGCCCCUCCCCUUCCUUCCAAUGAGGGACUGGGCCCUGGCCACACCAGCACCUGGGCGUUCUCCCCAGGCAGUUCUCAUGUGGCCAAGUUGUUUGCAGGGUGAAGCUGAGCAUUGGGUUCCUGCCAGGUUGAACUCCGAGGUCCACAGAUCCCACACCUGGGGAGCAGCUGGCCUGGGUGGGUCCCAGCACCUUGACCGUUGGAGGAGGCAAGUGGGUGGAAUGGCCAGCAUCUUCUGGGACAAGCUGGAGCUUGAGGACCUCGGGAGGAGCCGUGUGUGGCGGCCAGCACAGGGCAGGCGUCCACUCUGGCCUGGAAGCACCCUCGGUGUGACUGAUGCUGCAUGUGGACGGCGGCCAUGUGCACAGCUGCGCCGGGCCUGCCCACAGGACAGUGCUUUCUUGUGACUCGAUCCUGAGAGGCACUUCCCUGCUCCCCAGCCGCUGACAGCUCGGGCGCCCGCCGAACUCUGCACAUGCACAGGCGGGCCAGGGCCGGAGACCCAGCGUCCGACCUCCGAUCAUGAACGGGCCCCUGCACCCACGGCCCCUGGUGGCGCUGCUUGACGGCCGGGACUGUACAGUGGAGAUGCCCAUUUUGAAAGACGUGGCCACCGUGGCCUUCUGUGACGCGCAGUCCACGCAGGAGAUCCAUGAGAAGGUCCUGAAUGAGGCUGUGGGGGCCCUGAUGUACCACACCAUCACGCUGACCAGAGAGGACCUGGAGAAGUUCAAAGCCCUCCGAAUAAUCGUCCGGAUUGGCAGUGGUUUUGACAACAUCGACAUCAAGUCAGCUGGGGACUUAGGCAUUGCCGUCUGCAACGUGCCGGCAGCAUCUGUGGAGGAGACGGCCGACUCGACCAUGUGCCACAUCCUGAACCUGUACCGGAGGACCACCUGGCUGCACCAGGCGCUGCGGGAAGGCACGCGGGUCCAGAGUGUCGAGCAGAUCCGUGAAGUGGCUUCCGGAGCUGCCAGGAUCCGUGGGGAGACCUUGGGCAUCAUUGGACUAGGUCGUGUGGGGCAGGCGGUUGCGCUGCGGGCCAAGGCCUUCGGCUUCAACGUCCUCUUCUAUGACCCGUACCUGUCGGACGGUGUUGAGCGCGCCCUAGGGCUGCAGCGCGUGAGCACUCUGCAGGACCUACUCUUCCACAGUGACUGCGUGACCCUGCACUGCGGCCUAAACGAGCACAACCACCACCUCAUCAACGACUUCACCGUGAAGCAGAUGAGACAAGGGGCCUUCCUGGUGAACACAGCCAGAGGCGGCCUGGUGGACGAGAAGGCGCUGGCCCAGGCCCUGAAAGAAGGGCGGAUCCGCGGCGCGGCCCUGGAUGUCCACGAGUCGGAGCCCUUCAGCUUUAGCCAGGGCCCCCUGAAGGACGCGCCCAACCUCAUCUGCACCCCUCAUGCCGCAUGGUACAGCGAGCAGGCAUCCAUUGAGAUGCGCGAGGAGGCAGCCCGGGAGAUCCGGAGAGCCAUCACAGGCCGGAUCCCAGACAGCCUGAAAAACUGCGUCAACAAGGACCACCUGACGGCUGCCACCCACUGGGCCAGCAUGGACCCAGCCGUCGUGCACCCUGAGCUCAAUGGGGCCGCCUACAGCAGGUACCCCCCGGGCGUGGUGGGUGUGGCCCCCACUGGCAUCCCGGCCGCUGUGGAAGGCAUUGUCCCUAGCGCCAUGUCCCUGUCCCACGGCCUGCCCCCUGUGGCCCACCCACCCCAUGCCCCUUCUCCUGGCCAAACUGUCAAGCCCGAGGCGGAUAGAGACCACGCGAGUGACCAGUUGUAGCCCAGAAGAGAGAUCACCAGGCCCAGCGCUUGGGCAGAGGGCCCUGCAACUCUCGGACUGGAGCAGGCAGAGGCGGCGCCUUCGUGGUGGCUGCAGCACUCCAGAGACUGGUCCGGGCUGUGUGGGAGGCAGGGGUGGCGCUGGCCCUCCCCCGUGUCCACUGUAGUUGUCCCGUCCCGUGGGCUGGCUCACUGUCCUGUGUCCUUUGCGUUCCUCGUUAAGCAAAAGAAGUUAGUAGUUAAUUCUAUCAUGAAUGUUCUUGUCUGUGUACAGUUUUUAGAACAUUACAAAGGAUUUGUUUGCUUAGCUGUCAACAAAAAGAAAACCUGAGGGAGCAUUCAGCAAGUGGAUUUGAGAUUAUUUUUUCUUUUUAUAUGUUGGAACGUGCCCCGGAAUGAGGCAGUUGGCAAACUUCUCAGGACAAUGAAUCCUUCUCGUGUUUCUUUUUAUGCCACACAGUGCAUUGUUUUUUCUACCUGCUUGUCUUAUUUUUAGAAUAAUUUAGAAAAACAAAAGCUGUCUUUCCUAAUUUUGGCAUGAACCCCCUUGUUCCAAAUGGAGAUGGCAUCACAAGGCAGCUCAGAGAGAGGAGCGUGUGGGUGACACACAAGUGUGCUCGCUGCCCGUCGACGUCUGUCCUGGGGGAUGCGGAGGGACGGCAGCGUCCCCACCUGCACCGGUGCCGUCCUGCUGAUGUGUUAGGCUAGCAAUAUUUUGGUUAAAAUCAUGUUUGUGACUGUAACCAUUUGUAUGAAUUAUUUUAAAGAAAUAAAAAUCCCAGAAAGAGCC